CUCCUGUGCUAUUGAUAAUACAUUCAUGCUCCAUACACCCGUCUAACAGAGACUAAUCCUACAUGCAGACUCACACACUUUUCUAGUAGACUACUCAACCUCACACAGUGCACGGGCUCCGGGGAUGCCGAGGGCCCCUCGCUCCUUCGCCGGGACUCUCCAUCCCUGCUGCACUUGCAUGACAAAAGGCAGCCGGCAGCUCCGCUGACCUAAUGAGAUGAGGGUCUCCCGGGCGGUUCCACUGAGCCUCCUGCUCCUGGGCUGCCUAGGGGGCGCCGCCAGCGGGCAGGCCCGAGGGGCCGGUGAGAAAGCGGAGCGCCCCGCGCCCUGGGCGCAGUCCGGCCAGUUCUCUACCCGGGAGCAGCAUGUGUGCAGCUGGCGGCUGGUCCGAGGGGAGGAGGCCGCCGAGCUGCAGCUGAGUUGCCAGGCGCCUGGAGAGGGCGGCGGCGAGCGGCUCCGGUGCGUGUACCGGGGCCAGCCGGAGCGCUGCGCCGCCUACAGCGCCAAGAGCCGCCAGUACUGGAAGCAGAUCCUGGGCAAGCUGCGCCGGAAGCGCCACCCCUGCCGGGACGGCAGCCCGCUCAAAGCCCGGCUCUGCGGCAGCAAGAAGGGGCCGCCCGAGGCGCAGCUGCGCCUGGCACCCCCCAGCCCCAGCCCUGCAGCGCCUGGGGCCGCCGGGGGCCCCGCCAGAGGCCGAGCCAGGGCCCAGGAGGCGCCUACGCUGCAACAGCCCGGGGCCCCCGGCGCCCAGGCGAUGAGCAGCGGGGCACACGCUGGUGCCCUGGAGAAGCGGGGCAAGGCGGGCAGCAGGAAAGGGGGUCCCGGCUCCCCGGUGCCCCCCGAGCAGCGGCCGCCCACGGCCGGGGGGAAGCCGGAGCCGCCCACGGAGCCGAGCGAGGACCUGGCCGAGACCUAUUGUGCGGAGCAGUGGCACUCGCUGUGCAGCUUCUUCCUGAACUUCUGGAACGGCUGAGGGCACAGGGCGGUGGCGGGCGGGGAGG